AUGGGUGAUAAAAAUCCUUCUGUGGCAGGACUUGUCGAUGCGGGACCGUCAGAAAUAGCCAAUAAACCGACUGAGCCAACAUUCAAACUCGGACUUACCGCCAACAAAAUAAUAUUCAAAUGCGGCGAGGACAGAAAGCCGGUCAGUGUGCCGAUUAAAAUCUUCAAUCCAACCCAAGCGACGGUCAGCUUCAAGAUUCGGUGCACAUCUGCCGAUAUUUUCCGGGUUCAGCCGCCUAUUGGAAUUGUCAAAGCACAAGGUGUCACGGAUAUCAUAAUCUGGUUCCAGAAUACUCAAAAGGUUGACAAGAACAUAAACAAACAUUAUUUUGCGUUCUAUCAUACAAAGGCAGAUAGCCGAACUCCUAAGGAGAUUUGGUCUAAUGCUAAGCCAGAUGGCGUUCGUCGUAUUCCGGCAAUAUUCGAAUACACCGGAGAAAAGAAAAGCGUUUCGCAAGCAUCGGCAACCUAA